AUGUGUCUUGACAGAGUUGGAGGACUAGUACACAUCUCAGCCCGUAGUACAGUCGUACAGCUGCCACCACCUACACUCGUCAUCGAACCUAGGGUACAACACGAGGAAGGUGUCCACGCCAACCUGGAAACCCACCCAGGAUUUCGAACAGUAACGUGUCCAAACUACUUUGAAGUUAAAGACGAGAUCAAGGACCAUUCAGAGAAAACGAAGAGCGACGUUUACCGAACUAACCCGGAAGACAAUGAAAUCGGCUUAUCUUGGGAAGACCGCCAGUUCCUUCAUAUUAUAGAGAAAGGGAUUCACAAAAAUGAAUAUGGCAAUUGGGAGAUGCCGCUACCCUUCCGCUCUCCGAAAGUGACGAUGCCAAACAAACGGGAGCAAGCUAUGAGUCGCCUGCAGAGUUUGCUGCGUACCUACAAAAGAAAGCCCCAGAUGGAGAAAGAUUAUUUGGAGUUUCUCGGAAAAGUAAUCAAACGCGGACAUGCCGUUCCGGUCCAACGAAGCGACGUCCCUACAGAACAAGAAGGCAAAUCCACAAGCCCGGAGGAGAAAGCAG